AUUCAACAACCAGUCAUUAUUGAGUCUACAGCCACUUCAUGGUAGGCACGUCAAGAACCAAAACCCCACAUUUGGAAAAUCCAAAGAUACAAACAGAUUCCUGAAAAUGAUUGGCAUGACUUUUAAAUCCUCUAACUUAUGUCACUAUUCAUCACAUAUAUACAAAGUCAAGACUCCCCUCUCCACGUACUACACAUUACAAUCAAAUACAGAUGCUACAUUGGUUCCUUAGUUGGAGAACACCUAGUAAAAUUCACCCUGUUUCUCAGUCCUCUCCAUUAGCCAUAAAUAUAAGCAGUACUGUGUUUCAGCUACUUUCACUUGGAAUUGGUUAUAAGGAUGAAUAAGUUCGGUGCAAAGUUGCCUGGAUUCUGCAGGACCCGAGCAGUGGCCAGUAUUCGAGCCCGUUCUCCUCCUCAACCAUACAAGAAGACGGGCUUGAUCAAAUUCAAUGACACUGAUAGCAAAUGUAGCAGCACGGAAAUGAGCUUUAACAGCGUUGAUUCGAGGACGGAUUCUGAGAGUAGUGGCAAUAAUAAUAACAGAGUAAUGGUUGUGGUAGAUCCUAGUCUUGAUGCCAAUUGUGCUUUGCAAUGGGCACUGUCUCAUACUGUCCAAAGUCAGGAUACUGUUAUUCUUCUCUAUGUUGGCAAGAUUUCAAAAGAUGGUGAAAAAGCCAACAGCGAAAUUAAUCAGAAGGCGUAUGAACUUCUUUUCUCCAUGAAAAAUAUGUGCCAGACAAGGAAACCAGGAGUGCAAGUGGAGAUUGUAAUGCAAGAAGGAAAAGAGAAAGGGCCUGUGAUUGUUGAAGAAGCAAAGAAACAUAAGGUGUCUUUACUGGUGUUAGGACAGAGGAAAAGAUCGAUAAUGUGGCGCCUGCUAAGGAUAUGGUCAGGGAAAAAGUCAAGUAGAGUUGUGGAAUAUUGUAUUCAAAAAGCAAACUGCAUGACAAUUGCUGUGAGAAGGAAGAGCAGCAAGUAUGGGUAUCUGAUUACUACUAAGCGUCAUAAGAACUUUUGGCUUUUGGCUUAAUGGAACUUAAUUUUGAUGAUUCAAUCCACCUUUUUGGUUCUUGCAAGUUCUAUUUUGAUUCUGUUGUCCUGUGCAGGAAGCACUUAGCUGCAAAAGAAAAUAAUUAUUUUCAUUUCGACAUGAAUAUUUUCUGUU